AAUGUAAUUUCGGGGCUGAGUGCAUUAAGCAUUGACAUCCCCUCUGGAGACUACCAAUGAUAUGAAGAUUUUUUUACUUUAUUUUAUUCUUUUUCUCGAAUCGUGAUUCGCGAUCCCAAAGCCAAAGAAUAAAACACUGCGUUUCAAUUCACAAAGCUUUCUGGCCUUGGCUUUCUCAUCUCGCUCUCUCGCGAUUUCGAAGGCUCUCUUUUCCCUUUACUUUUUGUAUUAUUAUCUCUUCUCGAACCAGCGAUUGCCGACUUGUAUCGUUCUGUCCAUGUUUUCUUUUUCCGUCUCAACCGAAUUUGGUCUUUUAUUUUUCUCAAAAUUGGCGUGAACUAGGUUGUUUUCUGAGGGUUUAGGGUUUAGGGUUUAUAAGUAAACAAUUUAGAGGGAAUUUCUUGAAUUGAAAAUUACGUUUUCGGAUUUUUGAAAUUUAUACAUGGCCGCUGGGAGACAUGGGAGUUAUAGUGAUAACGAGUUUAGAGACAGAGACUCUAAUUUUGAGGUGACAAGGCGGAAAUUUGCUAAUUCUAAAAAGUAUGAGCUAUCUAGGAAUGGUAGCCGUGGUAAUGAAAGGGGUCGAGUACGGGAAGCUAGAGAUAGAGAUAGAGCUAGGGUUAGACAAAAGGAUAUUAAGGAGAGGAAAGUAAUAAAUGGUGGGUAUCGCUCCUCUUCAAGUAGAAGUGAUUCUGGUGGUGGUAGUGGUGGUGGGAAAGGUAGUCAUGGCCCCAGGCGAUGUGAGUUCUCUCUUAGGGUGGUAGAUAAGGAGCCUGGAGAGUUGUCUAGUGAAAGUGGGUCAGAGGAUGCCGUAGAGUGUGAGUCAGUGGUUAAAGAUAGUGAGAUUGCUAAGGUAAUGGAGAAUGGGGCUCAGCCUCCUGUGGGAAGGAAAAGGAAGUUUUCGCCUAUAGUGUGGGAUAGAGGUGACAAGGAUUUAAGUAAUUUGUCCAAAAGUAGGAAUUUUGCAGCAGUAAUGGCCCUUCCUCCUCCACCACCGCUGCCUAAAGCUUACCACAAGUCACCUAACGGUGUCCCUGGUGGGGCGGUACAGAUAUUUCCUGUUAGAGAAAACAAAAACCAGAAAUCACAGUCUUCUUCGCCAGUUGCUGCUGCUGAAACUGUUGGAUACUCUGCACUGCAGUCUCGAGUCAAUUUGGAUUUGUCACCACCAAAAGAGCAGCUUAACAAUCAGGAUGCUAGGAAGCUAGAAGAUGAAGACUAUGUACCAACCCGACAUAUAUCUUCCUCAAGAUGGGUAUCUGGUGAUAGUUCUCCAGGCGAUGAGGGAGAAAUUUUAGAAGAUGAGGAAAUGUUUAAAAGGAGGAAAAAGUUGCCUCUUUCAGAAUCAUCCCAUAACAGAUUACGGAAUAAUUCAGCAACUCCAGAGCUUGGGGAGCUUAAGAGGGAAGGUUCUGAGGGAAUUAGAGCAAGAUCAUCUGAAUCUGAUGAACGAGGUGCCUGUUCCAAGUCUGGAAGUGGGGAUGAUCACCCUGUUAAUGAUUCAGAGAAGGAUGACUACAUGGAGAUUGAUAUUGAACAUGAUAGAAAUAACUCUAGUGUUAGCAAGUCUGAUACAGAUUCUGAGAAUGAAAACUAUUCACGUGGGACACCAGAACCUCCAGCUCCUCCUUUAAGAAGUUUAAACAUGCUUCAGGGAUGUAGAAGUGUAGAUGAAUUCGAGAGACUAAAUAAGAUAGAUGAAGGUACUUAUGGUGUUGUAUAUAGAGCCAGGGACAAGAAGACUGGGGAAAUCGUGGCAUUGAAGAAGGUAAAGAUGGAGAAAGAAAGAGAAGGUUUUCCUUUGACCUCUCUGAGGGAAAUAAACAUUCUUCUUUCCUUUCAUCACCCAUCGAUUGUAGAUGUCAAAGAAGUAGUUGUAGGGAGUAACCUUGAUAGUAUUUUUAUGGUGAUGGAAUACAUGGAACAUGAUCUGAAAGGGCUGAUGGAGACAAUGAAACAACCAUUCAGCCAAAGUGAGGUUAAAUGCUUGAUGCUUCAGCUGCUGGAGGGUGUCAAGUAUCUUCACGAUAAUUGGGUUCUCCAUCGAGAUUUGAAGACAUCCAAUCUGCUUUUAAAUAACCAAGGUGAACUGAAGAUUUGUGAUUUUGGGUUGGCUCGUCAAUAUGGAAGCCCAUUAAAACCAUAUACACAUUUGGUUGUUACACUUUGGUACAGGGCACCUGAACUUCUUUUAGGAGCAAGACAAUAUUCCACUGCAAUUGACAUGUGGUCUCUGGGUUGUAUCAUGGCUGAACUACUAUCGAAAGAACCACUAUUCAAUGGGAAAACUGAAUUUGAUCAACUUGACAAGAUUUUCAGAACCCUCACCACACCAAAUGAGACAAUAUGGCCUGGUUUUUCAAAGCUGCCUGGAGUCAAGGUCAAUUUUCUCAAGCACCAGUAUAAUCGAUUGCGCAAGAAAUUUCCAGCAACAUCAUUCACUGGAACACCUGUUCUCUCUGAUGCAGGAUUUGACUUGUUGAAUAAACUUCUUACUUAUGAUCCUGAGAAGCGUAUAACAGCCGAAGCCGCUCUUAACCAUGAGUGGUUUCAUGAAGUUCCUCUUCCCAAGACUAAAGCUUUCAUGCCCACUUUUCCUGCCCAACAUGCUCAAGACAGGCGUACGAGAAGAAUGUUGAAGAGUCCAGAUCCUUUGGAAGAGCAACGUAUAAAGGAGUUGCAGCAAGGGGAAUUGGGGACUGGUGGUUUGUUUGGCUGAGAGAAAGUUCAUCCUUAAGUGAUGUUUGAUCUUCAUGUUUUAGAUUUUCAUGUUAUUAUUAGAUGGCCAUGAUUGAGGUGAGAGACAUGCAUUCAAUGGAAGUUGCGAACUUUGUUUUUCAGACGAUCAUUCUUGCUGUUUUUUAGCAGGCACUGAUGAUGAUUUGGAUGGAGAUAUUGUUUGCUUCCUCCUGUGAACCAGACGUUUUGCAGGCUAAUUUGUUUUCCAGCUUUGAUCGUCAUAUCUAAAUGCAUCUGACACUGCUUGCAUUGCAAGGUGUAGCAUAUCAACUUUUCUUCUUUUAGAAAUCAGUUUCAGCUGAAACUUUUGUAACAUAUUUUUAUUGGAACAAUGAUGUAUAACAUUCCCUUUAUUGCUGGUUUUGAAUAUUAAUGCAAAAUGGAUUUCUUCCUAAUAUCAGUUCCAUCUUUUUAAUAUUGACAUAGUGUUUGCAAGGGACUGUUGGUGUGAAGUGGAGGGUUGUUCUUUGCUUUUCAUUGAGGAAGAAAUUGACAGUAACAUUAUAAAUCAAAGCUAAUUUAUUAAUCAAAUAUCUGUGGAAUGCUUUAUGGGGUUGGGUAUAAAUUUUCCAUCCACGAGGGAUUGCCUCUGCAUUAUGAAAAUUGUGGUGCCAAUUGAAGGUUUUUUUUUUUUUUUUAUAUUUCCUAAUCUUAUGGGACAAUUAUUUUUAAGUUUGCUGGAGAUGUGGAGGACAAUUGCCAUGACCUGAAAUUGCUGCUAGGACAAUGGUUAUGUAUAUGGUUUUUUAGGACACUGUAUUUGAAGAGUUGAGAUGUUGCAAAUCUUUCCUCUCUCUUCCGUAUGGUGAUGUGUUCAAGAUUUGUUAUUUUGUGUUUGUGUGUGCAUUCGCGGAGAAAAAAGGGUAUAAAACCCAAUUUAUUGUUGUCAACUAAAGGAAUUGGCUUCUGAACUGUUUAUCAUAAAUUCUUUGUUUGUUUAUUGAUUUGACAACCAGUUUUAACAGUUGCU